AUGGGCGGGUUUGGUUGGAUCAAACCGGAUGUAGAGCUGGAGCAUCCGGAGGCCUUCAAGAACAACUGGAGGGUCUACGUGAACAUCGUGGAUGUGAGAGGCCAGACGCUCUACAGCGGUGCCAGGGUGUCUUUUUACAUCUAUAGCGACGGCAAAGGCCUCGGUGCGGAGGAGGUCUUCCUGGAGCCUCGCCGGGCGCAGGAGGGGCGACGGGGCUGCUGGGCCGGCAAGGGGGCCAGGCCCAAUUUUCCACAGCACCCAUCGAAGGUGCCAGUUCAAAAGACGUUCCAGAAGGAUUGUGGCAAGAAGGGCGGCAAGAAAGGCCUCGGCCUGAACAUGAAGGUCAACGAGGGCAAGCAGCACGUUGCUGAAGAGCAAGAAGCUGAGCCAGACACUGCUCAGACCGAUGGGCCUGUAGGGCCGGACCGUCGGAAAAGAACGGAGGAAGGGAGCGCGGGCCGUUUGUCCUGGUGCUCCUCGGAGAUGCGUGGUUGGCGGCCAGCCAUGGAGGACGCCUCGUGUGUGUGCCUGAACCUGGAAGAUCGCCUCGCCAACUUUGCAUUGUGCGGGCCCGAGUGGGGAAAUGCCGUGAGCCUCCUGGGUACCGAAGUACCGAAGGAGCACCGUACAGACGAAACAGACCGUGGUGACAAUACGAGCAGGGUACACGGUAGCGUCCGUGCGGUCACCAUGUCGAAGCUCUCCUACCGUUUCACGUUUAUUGACAUCGAGAAGACGGGUGGAUCAGAUGCGCAGGGUCGUGCGGGGAGGGUGCGGAGCGCCUCCCCCAGCCGCUGCUGGGCUUCCAUCGCCAGCCCAGACCUGACAGACUACGAAGUGGCCAAGCAGCAUCUGCGCCGCCUGCAAGGCGGUCACGUCGCGAACUCAGAGCCAGCGGAAGCGCCCGCACCAAGCCGGAGUCGUGGCAGUGUGGGGCAUCCCACUUUGUGUGCGAAGCCAUGUAUUCAAUUCGCACGGGGCCUUGGGUGUCGGAAGGGCCAGGCGUGCGGUAACUGCCACUGGCCCCAUCACCCCGUCUCACCCGAUAAGCGCCAGCGCGAAUUCAGCAAGACCUUGGGAAAGGAGGAGUUCUUCGGCCUCCUUGCCGUCCUCGCACGGGAGAGAGCGCUUCAGGAUGGCCUCGAAGAUGUGGGCUUCCUGCUUGCAGUGCUGGAGGUGCAGGCAGGGCUGACACCGCCCGCAGCGCCAACAAAGCAGAAAGCUCGGCUGCUUUGCAACCUGCGGAAGGUCAUUCAGUCCAUGAGCUUCUCGGAGAUGAUGCGGAUGGCUGCCGGGCGCUGUAGCGACGGUUGCAAGGCCCGUUUGCUGCAGGAGCUGACGGCGGUGAGAAACCUCCGUAGGCCCUAG